AUGGAAAUGAAUAUAUCGAAUUUAGAGAUUUGUUGUUUGGCAUAUGACAAAAAGUUCGAUGAGCUAAAAGCAAAAAUAGAAGCUGAUCCAACAUGUGUGAAACAAAAAGAUCGAGACGGUCGAACAAUUCUUCAUUGGGCUUGUUCCAGUGGAGCAAAAGAUAUCGUGCAAUAUCUGUUAGAGAUCUGUAACGUUCGUCCAGAUAUUCCUGAUGAACUUGGUUGGACACCAUUGAUGAUUGCUGUAUCCACAGGUCAUAUUGAGAUCGUUCGCAUGCUCUUGCAAACCAAUAAAGUUGAUAUUGAACAGUCCAAUUCCUCCGGUGCUCGACCCUUGCACUACGCAUGUUCGAAAAACUUUUACGAAAUAGUACAACUCUUACUCGAACAUGAUGCUGACAUCAAUGCCACAGAUAAAUAUAAACAAACUCCUUUGGAUCGAUGCUGUUCGAAAGGAAACACGGAAAUUGUCAAAUUGCUUUUAAGAAAUCCUAAAAUUGAUUUGAGUAUGCACAAAGAAUGCGACGGUGAUCAUUCAUCAAUCUCAUUUGAACAGUAA